AUGGCUGCGGGCAGAAGGACAACCCGUCACCCCCCCGUCACCCCGAGCCCCCGUCACCCCCCCCCCGGCAACCCGAACCCCGGGCAACCCGUCACCCCACCCCCCGUCACCCCGAGCAACCCGAGCCCCACCCCCCGUCACCCCGAGCAACCCGGCAACCCGAGCCCCCGUCACCCCACCCCCCGUCACCCCGAGCAACCCGGCAACCCGAGCCCCCGUCACCCCCCCCCCGGCAACCCGAGCCCCGGGCCCCCGUCACCCCCGAGCAACCCGGCAACCCGAGCCCCCAUCACCCCCCCCCCCGGCAACCCGAACCCCGGGCAACCUGCCACCCCACCCCCCGUCACCCCAAGCAACCCGGCAACCCGAGCCCCGGGCAACCCGUCACCCCCGGCCACCCGAGCCCCGAGCCCCGUCACCCCCCCCCCCCCGGCAACCCGAACCCCGGGCAACCCGUCACCCCCCCCCCGGCAACCCGAGCCCCCGUCACCCCCCCCCGGCAACCCGAACCCCGGGCAACCCGUCACCCCCCCCCCCGGCAACCCGAGCCCCGGGCAACCCGUCACCCCCCCCCCCCGGCAACCCGAGCCCCCGUCACCCCCCCCCCCCGGCAACCCGAGCCCCCGUCACCCCCCCCCCCGGCAACCCGAACCCCGGGCAACCCGUCACACCCCCCCCCGUCACCCCGAACCCCGGGCAACCCGUCACCCCCCCGGGCAACCCGUCACCCCCCGGCAACCCGAGCCCCCGUCACCCCCCCCCCCCGGCAACCCGAACCCCGGGCAACCCGUCACACCCCCCCCCGUCACCCCGAACCCCGGGCAACCCGUCACCCCCCCGGGCAACCCGUCACCCCCCGGCAACCCGAGCCCCCGUCACCCCCCCCCCCGGCAACCCGAGCCCCGGGCAACCCGUCACCCCCCCCGGGCAACCCGUCACCCCCCGGCAACCCGAGCCCCCGUCACCCCCCCCCCCCCGGCAACCCGAACCCCGGGCAACCCGUCACACCCCCCCCCGUCACCCCGAACCCCGGGCAACCCGUCACCCCCCCGGGCAACCCGUCACCCCCCGGCAACCCGAGCCCCCGUCACCCCCCCCCCCCGGCAACCCGAGCCCCGGGCAACCCGUCACCCCCCCCGGGCAACCCGUCACCCCCCGGCAACCCGAGCCCCCGUCACCCCGAGCAACCCGUCACCCCCCCCCGGCAACCCGAACCCUGGGCAACCCGUCACCCCCCCCCCCCGGCAACCCGUCACCCCCCGUCACCCCCCGGCAACCCGAGUCCCCCCCCGCAGCCACACUUCCCCCUUCACCCGCUCCCCCGGCCCCCGUUUCCCUUUGUUCCCCUCCCCCCGGGCUCUUUACCCCCCCCCCCCGCGGUCCCGGGUUUCUCCAGCCCCCCCCCCCGGCUCUUCUUCCCGCCCGGUGCGCGCCCCCGCCGCCUCCCGGUGCCGGUGCGCGCCCCCGCCCCGCUCACUCGCCGCCCGGGUCCGGUUCUGA